CGCCAUCUUGACAGCACCCUCAAAAUGGCAGAAAGAUGUGAGCUAGAAACCGAGUCUAAACUAAGAUAGCUGCUCUCUGCUGAUUAGAAACAGACACGACAGUUUUUCCAUAAACGAGUGGUUAUGGGGUUGGUGUCCAGCGCGGCAGCUCAGAGCCUGUAAAAUGGACAUAACGACGGCGGUUUUCAACGCGGCCAGAGAUGGUAAGCUGAAACUUAUCCAGAAGUUGCUGAGCAACAAAACUCCAGAGGAGCUGGAGGCUUUAGCCGAGGAGAAAAUACAGGGAGGAACCCCUCUGUUGAUAGCCUCUCGAUACGGACACUUAGAGGUGGUAGAUUACCUCCUGGUACAUUGUAAAGCAAAUGUUGAACUCGGGGGGGCUGUCAACUUUGACGGGGAGACCAUCGAGGGGGCUCCGCCGCUGUGGGCGGCGUCGGCCGCCGGUCACCUCCCCGUGGUGAAGACGCUACUAAAACACGGUGCCUCAGUCAACAACGCAACGCUAACUAACUCAACGCCGCUCCGAGCUGCCUGCUUUGACGGCCACCUGGAGAUCGUCCGCUACCUGGUGGAGCACAGAGCCGACAUGGAGGUAGCCAACCGCCACGGCCACACCUGCCUCAUGAUCUCCUGUUAUAAGGGCCACAAGGAGAUAGCCAAGUUCCUCCUGGACCGCGGUGCUGAUGUCAACCGCAAGAGCGUGAAAGGAAACACCGCCCUACACGACUGUGCUGAGUCAGGCAGCCUGGACAUCAUGAAGAUGCUGCUGAAGUGCAAUGCCCGCAUGGAGAGAGAUGGAUACGGAAUGACCCCGCUCCUCGCUGCAAGCGUAACAGGUCACACCAACAUCGUGGAAUACCUCGCGCACCAGCCCCGCACCUCCAGAGAGGAACGCAUCGAUGCACUUGAGCUCCUUGGGGCGACUUUUGUGGACAAAAAGCGGGAUCUCUUAGGGGCGAUGAGGUACUGGAGAAGGGCUAUGGAGUUGAGGCAACCAGGGGACAAAGCUGGAUCCCUGGCCAAGCCUCCACCUGGUCCCCCUAUCCCCGCCUAUGGCUGUGCGCAGGAGGUUAGCACUGCAGAGGAACUAGAAGCUUUGAUCACAGACCCAGAUGAAAUGAGGAUGCAGGCUCUGUUGGUUCGAGAGCGCAUCCUUGGGCCAUCCCACCCAGACACCUCUUAUUACAUCCGCUACAGGGGAGCCGUGUAUGCUGACUCAGGCAACUUUGAACGCUGCAUCAGUCUGUGGAAAUAUGCUUUAGACAUGCAGCAGAGCAACCUGGACCCUCUCAGCCCCAUGACAGCCUCCAGUUUCCUGUCCUUUGCAGAGCUCUUCUCUUUUGUCCUCCAAGACCGGGCCAAAGGCACCCUGUCAACGCGCAUCACCUUCCACGAUCUGAUGACAGUGCUGGGGAAAAGUGUGAGGGAGGUAGAGAGAGCGGUGGCUCAGAGGGACAACCUACCAGAAGCUCCUCAGUUCAACAAAGCCCUCUCCAUCAUCCUGCACCUCAUCUUCCUCCUGGAGAAGCUGGAGUGCAGCCCAGAGCAGGAGCAUCAGAAGAAGCACACAGUGUACCGUCUGCUAAAGCUGAACCCUCGAGGUCGCAGCGGCUUCACCCCUCUCCACAUGGCCGUAGACAAGGAAACCACAUCCGUGGGCCGCUACCCUGUGGGCCGCUUCCCCUCCCAGGCGGUGGCAGCGCUGCUCCUCGAGUGCGGCGCGGACGUCGACUCGCGCGACUGCGAGAACAACACGCCGCUGCACAUCGCCGCGAACAACGGCUGUCCGGAGAUUAUGGCACUACUUAUGAAGGCCGGGGCUCACUUUGACGCUAAAAAUGCACAGAGGAAGACAGCCUACGAGCUGCUGGAUGAGCAGAGCAGCGGGCACCCGGCCCUCUACCCGCUGAACUACGUCACCCUUCAGUGCCUGGCGGCGCGUGCAAUUGAGAAGCACAGACUGCCUUACAGGGGACUCAUCUCUGAGGAGAUGGAAGCUUUCAUCGAGCUGCACUGACUUCCACUACUGUCCCCUGAUGAGGCAGCCCUGCACUACUCUUCCUGUUGUCCCUCAUACCUUACUAUGGCCUGCCAGAAACUUCCUUCUCAGCGCCAUUCUCCUUCAUCUCUGUCUCCUUUUGACCUCUGCUUCGCUCCUGGCCUUACCCACCUUGUUUCAGACCAAACCAUAGCAACAAACAUCCAGCCGUGGGGCUUAAAAUCUCUGGCUGAGAUCUGGUCAGUUAUCGCUUUAUUCUAACAUGAAGUCACGUAGACUUUCAGAAAUAAUUGUUCCUACUGCUAUUUAAAGCUGGGUGAAAGCCCAACUUGAUAUAGGCUUUAAUGCAUUUCCCCCCUUUUUGUCCCAGUGAAAAGGAGACUCCCGGUAUGAUGGUGCUUGUGUGUGUUUGGUGGUGGCUGGACUGUUAUGAAAGAUGGGUUUGAGUAUUACCGAAGCAUCUGAACAAACUAGCCAGAUAACAUGCAUGAAAAUGAAGAGUGAAUAUGGUAGCUCACUUGUUGUUUUGCAAAAUUCAUUCAGCAAGGAUGUGUUUGAACAAACUCAACCACCCAAACAAGCUCGCUUGCAGUUUUUUGCCUGGUUUUGCUUGUUCGCACAUACCAUCUGUUAUGUUAUCCCAUAUUCUUUGAUAUGGGAAGGUGUUGAAUUUACUGUGCCAAAUGUCAGCCAUGGAGCCAUGUUCUGUUACAGACUGUAAACUGGUGGCGAAAUGAAAAGCAACUAACUCAUGUUUUUAAUUAUAAGCAGAAGUAAUAACCUUAAGGUGAGACCUACAUGAAGCUUCCAGGUCCAGAGGAUGUUCGAUAUUUUAGACUGUGACAAGAUUUGACCGCCUGCAGUGCCGUCACUUUGAAAGACUUUCAUGAGAUUGAGGAUGAAUGGUACCCCUUGAAGUAAGAACAUCUGGUACCAUUGUUUGGCUAACACUCCCCAGUCUCCACACAGACAUUUAUAGCCUAUGCAGCUUGUGAUAUUCCAAUCAGAGGCGAUGUUUUUCAAGCAAAAAAUCACUACAUGAACAGAUUUUUACGUAGGAUUAUUCUUUCCUUUUUACAUGUUUAUUCGAACAGGAUAAUGACUUAAACCUGGGGCUGCUUCACUGACAGUCAUCUCCUGAAUGUUUUCUUAAAAUUUCUGCCUACGUCCGAAUGAACAAUUUCAAACUAGAGCCUCGAGUGUGCCUACAUCCCUCUACUUCUGGUUAAUGUCAACAUCAACAAAGAUUUGUAAUCCGCUGUCAGGGAAGCAGCAUCAGAAACAGAACGUUUUGUGGUGAUAACGACAGAACUCAAGCCCUCUCUGUUUGUAUCCAUCAGAAAAGUCUGUCCUAGAUCAAUCAUGUUGUGAAGUGAGUUUUCCCUUUAACCUCAGAUGCAGUUCAGAAAUGGAAAAGAUGGCUCCGUUCCUGCAUCUCAGUCUUAUUUUUAAUAGUCUCUCUUUUGUUUAUCUUGUGUCAUCAUGAAUGUUUUAUUUGUCUGUGCUAAGCACCACCAAGUUGAAUGCACACUGAGAGGCUCUGAAUCCCAAAUAGACAACUUCCAUUCAGGCUAUGAACUGUCGCUGCCUUUCUCAACUGAUUCGUUUAACUGAUGAUAACUCAAGAGCAAAAGUGUGUUGGAGAUACUUGAAUAAAAUUCAGU